UUGGCAUAUAAGCUCUGUUUUAUCUUCGAACUUGGGAUCUUAAGUGCACUCUUUCACCUUCAACGCUCUCUUUGAAGCAAUUUGACUUGGGAAUUUGGCUUGAGGUUAAUUAUUAUGGGUUGCUUGUUAGGGUGUAGAAGGUUCUUGAUUUUGGCUUGUAUGGAAAGCUCAAGGUGACACUUGUCUGACACUGCAUUGGGUGGUGGAGAUGCCACCUUCCCCGGCAUUGAGAUUCUCUCCUGGAAGAGAGCCAAGAGCAGAUGGUCACAGGCGGGGUCGCAGUCUUGAAAGCGGAUUGCUUUUCCGGGAGAAAGAUGAUGAUCUUGCUUUGUUCAAUGAAAUGCAGUCCAGAGAAAGAGAGAGUUUUUUGCUUCAGUCGUCAGAUGACUUGGAAGACUCAUUCUCUACAAAAUUGAGACGUUUUUCUGAUGCCAACCUUGGAAUCUCCAUUCCUGGUCGGGGAGGAACGAGUGACUUGCUUAAUGCAGAUGGUGACAAGAAUGACUAUGACUGGUUAUUGACACCCCCGGACACACCACUGUUUCCUUCAUUAGAUGAUAAACCCCCACCAACUACUGUUGCAAGCAGAGGAAGGCCUCAGAGUAAACCGAUUUCUAUAUCAAGAUCUUCUACGAUGGAGAAAAGUUACAGAAGCAGUAGGGGUAGUGCAAGUCCAAAUCGUUCAAGUCCAUCCCCUCGUUCCGGAACUAAUACAUUUCAAUCAAGGGGAAGGCCUUCAUCAAUGCCAAAUUCUAGUCCGUCCCCAAGUUUGCGGCAUGUCACUCCAUCAAGAAGACCAUCUCCACCUCCCAAUAAGCCCAUGACCCCUGCUUCCAAGUCGUCCACUUCUACUCCCCAGAGGAUGAGCACCGGCUCCAGUGGUUCUGCAGUCUCAUCAAGAGUUAGGGGAACUUCCCCAAUUAAGACAAGUCGUGGAAACUCUGCAUCACCAAAGAUAAGGGCAUGGCAAACUAAUAUUCCUGGCUUCUCUUCUGAAGUUCCUCCCAAUCUUCGUACUUCAUUGGCUGAUCGACCAGCAUCAUAUGUGAGGGGUUCAUCUCCAGCAUCCAGAAAUGGUAGGGACUCCACCUCCAAAUUCAGUAGGCAAUCAAUGUCUCCAACUGCUUCUAGGAGCAGUAGCUCUUUUCAUAGUCAUGAUCGAGACCAAUUUAGUUCACGCAGCAAAGGUUCUGUUGCAUCAUCUGGGGAUGAUGAUCUGGACUCUGUACAAUCCAUCCCAGUGGGUAGCUUAGACAGAAUUAGUUCUAGAAGGGAUGGUUCAUUUUCAACCAACAGAACUCCCACAUUUCCCAAGAAAUCAACCAGGAUUGCAUCCCCAAAUUCUGCUCCUAAGAAAUCAUUUGACUCUGCUCUCCGGCAAAUGGACAGAAAAAGUCCUCAGAACAUGUUCAGGCCACUCUUAUCAAGUGUUCCAAGCACAACCUUUUAUGUUGGAAAAGCAAAUUCUGCACAUCGUUCCCUUGUGUCUAGGAAUUCCUCUGUCACAACAAGCAGCAAUGCAAGCUCUGAUCAAGGUACAAGUUUUGCAGUAGAUACUGAAGGGAGUGACCACAAUCAAGAUGAUGUAGCAAGUGAAACUGAGAAGAUACUAUUUCCUGAUAUACAUGAAGAAGUGUUUUCCUUUGAUAAAAUUGAUGUAUUAAAUGCAAACAUUGAGCAUGAGACCAAUGAGGAAUCAAUUGAUAUCCUGCAAAAUGAAGCUAGAGACCCCAAGACUGCUUCUGGUGUGACUGAAUCUGAGGAUUCUGUUUAUCAUGGUCAGAUUGACAUUGAAGUAAAUGAAAGUUCAGAAACUUACCAGGUCAGAGGUGACAUCUCUGAAACUGGUAGUUUUGAAAAUACAGCAAUCUGUUCUCAUUGUGGUUGCUGUUAUGAGGUUUCUACUCAAGCUGAGAAGAAUAUUGGGCUUUGUCCAGAAUGCAGCAGGAAAACCACCCUGUUAAGAGUCAUCAUCCCUGAAACAACUUUGGUAGUUUCCGAAGACACUUCAGUGAUUUCUACAAACUUGCCUGAAGAAGAAAAGUCUUUAACUAAAACAAACCAACCAACAGUUGCAUCCGAACUGCCUCAAGAGACUGUCGCAGGUGACUUGAGGUUUCAUGUUUGUGAACGGGAUGCUGAGGAAAGUCAAACUUCAUGCUGUGAAUUAAUCCAUGAAUAUGAUCGCUCACAAAACAGUCCUCUUCCAAGUUCAUUGGCGGAGGGAGGAGGGCAGGUGUCUACAAACCAACUACAGAUGAAUCAAUCAGGAGUUGAUUGCAAGAGGCCUGAUAAUGAAUAUGGGGAUCAGCAGUUGUAUCACUGCAAUGAUCACCAAAAUUUGAACAUGGACCCCAUGGAAGGCACUGGCAUUUCUGUAUUGCUAAAAAGGUCUAGCAGCAACAAAGGAACUGUAGUUCAGAGCAGGAGUUUUACUGCCACAACCAUAUCUUACGAUGAUCUGUCUCUUGCCAGAGACAGUGUAAACAGUAUUAGAAGCUCACCAAGACCGGGCAAUUAUUCUGCCUCAUCAUCGGUUGAUUUCAGCUCAACUAGGCAGACAGAGUUUCGUGUGCAAAGGCAGUUAAGUGGCAGGAAAUUGGAUGUGGACUGUGGAUAUGACUUAAGGAUCAAGCCUCCAAGCACUAGUUCAUCUUUCCCCGGAACUUCAAACCAUUCUCACCAAGAAUUUGGUCUUGCAACUCUAGAAACUUCUGGCUAUACCGAAUGUGGCUUUGUAGAGGAGAUACCACAAGUUUUCCAAGAAGUGCUAGCUUCACAAAAAACAGUGACAGAUGUAAAUGAUGCUUCUUUUGGUUCGAUUGUUGUUGAGGAAGAAAAUUUUGAAUGUGAUGAUAGUAGUAGAGCAAAAAAUAAUGCUUGCAGCUCAGAAUUUUGUAGUCAGACUGCUGGUGUUCGGUCUGAUGACAAUUCUGUGACAUCCUUUCCAAAUCUUGGGGAUUGUAUUUCAUAUGAAAAUGUUGAAGACGACCCAAAUAAUGCAAGGUGUGUCUCAAAUACUGAAACAUCAGUUACGGCUCCAGAGAUAUUCUUUCAUGAAAAAUAUGAUGUGCAGAGUUCUAAUGUUAAUAAUGAACCGGAUACUUUGGUUACUACCAACUGUUCUACAAUUACAGCAUCAGAAAUAGAAGGGGAAAACAAUUGUAAGAAUAAUACUGGCACGGUGAAUGAUGAUCUGUCCCUGGUAUCAAAGAGCGCUCCGGAUGACUUUCAGGAACCUUCUGCUCAAAAUCCUUCCAAUGAUUGUCUUACUGCUUCUGCUUCAGCGCUCAAUGCUUCCGAGCCUCAUGGCAUUGAGGGAUCAACAGUUACAGUGGAAUGUCAAGGUGUAGGCAACACUAGAAGCCUGACACUUGAAGAAGCGACCGAUACGAUACUCUUUUGCAGUUCUAUCAUCCAUGAUCUUGCAUAUCAGGCUGCAACAAUAGCAAUGGAAAAGGAAUGCUCGGACCGGUUUGAAGGUUCUGAACCAACAGUGACUUUAUUGGGGAAACCCAAUUCUGAUAGAAAGGGUAUUCGCAACAGACCUGUUAGCAAGCACAACAACACUUUGAAAUCUCAGAAGACCAGGAAAAGGAGGGUGGAAACUGAUGUCAAAACCCCUUCUGGCAAGACUGAGAAUGAUGAAAACAUUGAUGAGUCUUUCACACGCAAUGUUGGGCUUCCUAACAAGGUAGAUAGUAUGAAGCCCCCAAAGCUCGAAUCAAAGUGCAAUUGCAUCAUAAUGUGAGAGUGCAAUAUUCAGGUUGUACUUAUUGGUUUAUGCUGGUGCCAAUAUGUUUUGUAACAAAUGCCACGUUGUGUUUGACAUAAUUGUAAAGUUGUUUUUUAAUUUUUUCUUUCUCUUCUUUCUUUUUUUGGUUG